UGUGAGGAGAUAUUUAAAGAGACAUCUCUCUCUGUAUCAUUCAUUCUCUGCUUCAACAACUUUUGGUCACUUUGUUGGUUUUAAAACCGAGACAUUUUUUUCUAAAUCCUCCGAUAUUUUUUUGUUUUAACUUUAUUACACUUUCCGAUCUCUAUCCUACAUUUGGAUACGAUGGCCAGCUCGGGGCUGCAGCUUCUCGGUUUCUUCCUCUCACUGAUUGGCCUCGCUGCCACCGUCGCCGCUACCAUCAUGGUUGAAUGGAAGAAACAGUCUCAGGGUAAAACGUACCGCAUCUACGAAGGCCUUUGGAUGAGCUGCAGUGGCAACGAGAGAACAACCUGUGAACUCCACCAGUCCCUCCUCAAGCUGCCAAAUGAGGUUCAGGCUACCCGGGCCGUGAUGCUGCUCAGCAUCUUGCUCUCAGCUGUGGCUCUGCUGGUCUCCACAGUGGGGAUGAAGUGCACACAUUUCAUGGAUGGAAAGCCUGACAGCAAAUCCCUCACAGCCAUGAUCGGAGGAAUGUUGUUCAUUGUUUCAGGUCUAUUGACUGUUGUCAUAACCUCCUGGUAUGUCAGCAUGAUUGUAGAGACCUUCCAUGAAUCCCACCGCCUGGAAAGCUUUGAGUUUGGUAAAGCAGUGUUUGUCAGCUGGGCUGGCGGCCUCCUCACAAUAGCCGGCGGUGCUUUCCUGAGCUGUCGGAGGUGCUCCCGGACCAGGUCGGCUGAGUCAAUUAGUGGGAACCACCUUCUCUCCACCAGCAGUAACCCCAAAUCCAACUACGUCUAGAGGAGAGAACAAAGGAGGGCUAGGAGGGGCCUCAGACCAGCAGUGACUUUAAGACUGGAGCUGAAUAUGUUGAUGAUGAACUUAAUCACUGCAGGAUUGCUGAAUACUACUAUACUGCAAAUCAGGAACCUGCAUCAGGAUUACACAAAAAAACAAAACUGUAUGACUUUGAAUCCUGUUUUUUAUAUAAUUUUAUGCUACUGCUUCUUUGUUCAGUGUCAUUUGUUUGCAUCUGUUAUUUUUCAGUCAGAGAAAUAUAUUUUUGCUUCAAAAGGUCAACUGACACAUUUCAAAUCCUAAACAAAGUAAACUUAGUCAGCUAUUUUGCAUAAAAGUAUAAAAUCAUGAAUUUAUAUACCUGUCAGUACAGUAUAGACAUAGUGUUGGUGCUCCAGUGAAAACUUUACAGUGUAUUUCCCAUACAGAUCAUCCCAUUUAGCUUUUUGUAUCAUAGAUAUUUUUCUGUAAAUGUGACUACUUUUUCAAGUAUUUUUCAUUGUAUUUUCAUGUAACAUGUUGUUGUGACAUAUGUUUUGUCAGUAUA